AUGGGAAUUAAAACUCUCAAACACGGUAACUUCAAAAGAGCGCGAGAUUACUUCCAGUUAGCAUUGAAUGAAGCCAAACAAAGCGGAAACAAAGAAUUUACAGGAACUGUAUAUAACAUCCUUGGCGGCACCUAUCACUCUCUCGGUGAUUUGAGGAAAGCAAUCGAGUUUUAUCAGCUGAGUCUACCUAUCGCAAUAGAGACUGGAAACAAAGAUUUGAAGGGCACAGUAUAUUACAACCUUGGCAAUGCCUAUGAUCGUCUCAGUGAGUUCAGGAAAGCAGUCGAGUUUUAUCAGUUAAGUCUACCUAUCGUAAUAGAGACUGGAAACAAAGAUAUAAAGGGCAAAAUAUAUAACAACCUUAGCUUUGCCUAUGACUCUCUCGGGGAGUUUAGGAGAGCAAUCGAGUUUUAUCAGUUAAGUCUACCUAUCACAACAGAGACUGGAAACAAAGAUUUGAAGGGCACAGUAUAUUUCAACCUUGGCGGUGCCUAUCGCCGUCUCAGUGAGUUCAGGAAAGCAAUAGAGUUUUAUCAGCUAAGUCUACCUAUCGCAAUAGAGACUGGAAACAAAGAUCUGAAGGGCAGAGUGUAUUGCAACCUUGGCUGUGCCUAUGCGUCUCUCGGUGAGUUUAGGAGAGCAAUCGAGUUUUAUCAGCUAAGUUUACCUAUCGCAAUAGAGACUGGAGACAAAGGUUUGAAGGGCACAGUAUAUAACAACCUUGGCGGUGCCUAUCGCCGUCUCAGUGAGUUCAGGAAAGCAAUCGAGUUUUGUCAGCUAAGUCUACCUAUCGCAAUAGAGACUGGAAACAAAGAUCUGAAGGGCAACGUGUAUAGCAACCUUGGUUGUGCCUAUGAGUCUCUCGGUGAGUUUAGGAGAGCAAUCGAGUUUUAUCAGCUAAGUUUACCUAUCGCAAUAGAGACUGGAGACAAAGGUUUGAAGGGCACAGUAUAUUACAACCUUGGCGGUGCCUAUCGCCGUCUCAGUGAGUUCAGGAAAGCAAUAGAGUUUUAUCAGCUAAGUCUACCUAUCGCAAUAGAGACUGGAAACAAAGAUCUGAAGGGCAACGUGUAUAACAACCUUGGUUGUGCCUAUGAGUCUCUCGGUGAGUUCAGGAGAGCAAUCGAGUUUCAUCAGCUAACUCUACCUAUCGCAAUAGAGACUGGAAAGAAAGGUUUGAAGGGCACAGUAUAUAACAACCUUGGCGGUGCCUAUAACUCUCUCGGUGAGUUCAGGAAAGCAAUCGAGUUUUAUCAGCUGAGUCUACCUAUCGCGGUAGAGACUGGAGACAAGGAUUUGAAGGGAACAGUAUAUAACAGCCUUGGCAAGGUCUAUCUCUCUCUCGGUGAUUCCAUGAAAGCAAUCGAGUCUUUUCAGCGGAGUCUAUCUAUCGCAAUAGAGACUGGAAUCAAAGAUUUGAAGGGAAAAGUAUAUAACAACCUUGGCGUGGCCUAUGGCUCUCUCGGUGAUUUCAGGAAAGCAGACGAGUUUUAUUACCUGAGUUUACCUAUUGCAGUAGAGACUGGAAACAAAAAUUUGAAGAUCGAAGUAUAUAACAACCUCGGCGUCGUCCGUGGUUCUCUCGGUGAUUUCAGGAAAGCAAUCGACUUUUUUCAGCUGAGUCUACAUAUAGCAAUAGAGACUGGAAACAGAAAUUUUGAAGGAAGUGUAUAUACCAACCUUGGCCACGCCUAUGAAUCUCUCAGUGAUGUGAGGAGAGCAAUCGAGUUUUUUCAGACGGGUCUAAAUAUCUUAACAGAGACUGGAAACAAAGUUUCUGCAGCAGCCUGUUAUUACAACCUCGCUCGGCUUUUAUUUCGUGAUGGCGACUUUUUUAAAGCCGAGGAGUCUUGUAAAUCCUCAAUAAAACUUUUUGAGGAAAUUAGGGCCCUUCUUCAAGGGAAAGACGUGUGGAAAAUCAUGUUUCGGGAUACAUAUAAUAAACCUUUUACUUUAUUACGGCAAGUUCAAUUACAACAAGGCAAGAUCCUAGAGGCGCUUUUCACAGCUGAAGGGGGACGAGCACAAGCUCUCAUGGAUCUCAUGAAAUCAAAAUAUAACGUCAGAAAAUCAAUUUUGUCGCCGUCUGAACAGGACAUGGAGCUGAAAAUGUCCAUUUCAAGCCUUAUUUCGUCACCUACGCUUUUUCUAGCAGAAGACGAGACAUUUUUGAGUUUCUGGCUACUUCUAAAUGGAAAGCGGUGCCAGAUGAUGCUAAAGAAAAUAAAUGGUAACCUGACAUCAUUGAUUUACCAAACAUACGAAAAGAUUGGUGUAAGAACUGGUGUGAGGUGCAAGCCUUUGACAUCAGAGCAAGACGACGAGAGUGCUGCUUUGAAAACAUUGUAUGACCUGGUUAUCGCUCCAAUUUCACACCUGAUAAAAAGUGAUGAACUCAUUAUUGUCCCUGACCGUUUGUCAUUCUUGAUUCCUUACGCUGCCCUUGUGGGCCAACAUUCCAGGUACUUGUCUGAAACGCUGAGAAUUCGACUAGCUCCAUCAUUAACAAGCUUGCGGCUACUGAAAGAGUGUCCGGAAGGCUACCAUAGUGCAUCUGGAGCACUGCUUGUUGGCAAUCCGUGGGUGGAAACUGUGCGCAGUAAAGACAACAAACCGUUCCCGCAGCUCCCGGGUGCUGAGCAAGAAGCAAAAAUGAUUGGACAGAUUAUUAAUAUCAAGCCUCUCACCGGCAAGGAUGCUACAAAAGAUCAAGUUUUAAGAAGGCUUAACUCAGUUUCUUUAGUGCACCUUGCAGCUCAUGGUUGUAAAGAAAAUGGAGAAGUUAUUUUGUCUCCUAAUCUUGCUGAUGCUGUAAGACCGAAAGAGGAAGACUUCCUUUUGACGAUGACAGAUGUAUUGAAUGUACAAUUGCGAGCCAAGCUUGUUGUCUUAAGCUGCUGUUACAGUGGACGAGGGGAGAUAAAGGCCGAAGGCGUGGUUGGAAUUGCACGUGCCUUUUUAGGAGCCGGUGCACGUUCUGUUAUUGCGUCACUGUGGGCGCUUAGCGACGAAGCCACUCUGGAGUUUAUGAAGCACUUUUACGAACAUUUGGUAGCAGGGGAAAGUGCAAGUAAGUCUCUUCAUCAUGCCAUGAAAUGGAUGCGCCAGUCUGAAGAGUUCAAUGCCGUGAAGUAUUGGGCGCCAUUCGUGCUGAUUGGCGAUGACGUGACAUUGAAUUUCGAGUCAAUGAAAGGUGAGGCCCUCCCUUUAAACUUCGGUAGAACAUUGAUCACGUGUCAAGGUAUGCGGAACAAAAAUUUUAACCUUUGUCUUUUAGAU